AUGAAAGGAAACUUUUUGAUUCUUUGUUUUUAUUGCUUCGUCGAUUCCACCGGAAAAGAAACAAAACGCGGCCACUCGGCUGAACGGCAUGUCUCGUCACCGGUGAUAGCGGAAGCUCUAGCGCUCCGAUCAGCCCUCAAUCAAGCACUUGAAGACGGAAUCCCCAAUCUUCUCGUCCUUUCAGACGCUCAUGAUCUAAUCCGAGCUAUUAAUUCGCAAGAGCAAAUCAAGUCGAUCUUCGGAAUCCUCUUUGAUAUCCAUGCUCUCGCCUCCUUGUUCGAUUCGAUCUCCUUUAGUUUCAUUCUUAGAUCGGAAAAUGUUAUCACCGAUUCCAUUGCAAAGUUUGCAAAGAGUCGUUUGAUUGACCUCUCUUCCCAACUGGGGCCCAGUGUUGUAUUCGAAACUUAA